AUGGCGGACGACGGCUUUCGGCAUGUGGAACCGCAGCUAAAGUUUUUUAUUCCUCCGACACGAAAGACAACGGCCUUUCGAACAGCCUCCUGUGCCGCCACUGUGCAGUCUUCGACACAGCAUGGCGGAGUCCAAAAACGUUCUGUUUUCAGCGGACACCGCCAAUACAGUGAUUUUAAAAAUGCUGCAAAUCCCACUCUGAGGAGCUCUGCGGCUUCUCAGAGUAGCAGUCAGCGGUCGGUGCAUUUUCAUCCUGAGGGAAGUGCUGCUGAGAGCGGAAGCAGCCGAGACAUCUUUUCGUCCGCAAUUUUCCACAAUGUUAAACGUCAGUUGGAAUAUUCGCUGAGUGAUUCGCUGAGGCGACGUGCGAAUGGCGGAAUUCGUCGUGCAACAGGGAGCUUGCAGCAUGCGACCAGAAGUUUGAGCGAUGCAACUGGCAGUUUUCGACCGCAGUGGCAGCGUGCCUCGGUGCCUGCAGCCAGAAGUGUUCGGCUUAAGAUGAACGAGAUUUCCAGCAAGCUGUCGCUCCCGAAAUUUUUCGUGAAUCGUUUGGAGAAUACUGAAAAUGGUAAAUUGAGGUACCAUUGGUGCUUGCUCCGUGCAAAUAAAUCACUGUUGAGCGGAUAA